AUUAUUCAAAAGUAAAUCAACUUGAAGAAAUAUUCUUUCUCCAAUUCACAGGAAAUAUUCUUUCAUUAAUUGUAUAUAUAGGCCUUCCAUCAAAGCCCUAUAUCCACCAUUUAUUUCUGUCUUUCACUUUCUCUACAAUUCACACGAAAGGAAAGAAAAAAGUUCCCAUUCUGAAAUAGAUGGCAAGGUUAAUAAAAUUGUUCGCCACUGUGUUCCUUAUGCUGAUGCUUGUCUUUGCCACUGAGAUGGGACCAAAGAUGGUAGAGGGAAGGACAUGCGAGUCACCGAGCCAACGCUUCAAAGGGCUAUGCUUUAGGAAGGGAAACUGUGCCACUAUUUGCAAGUCAGAGGGCUUCCGCAGCGGCCACUGCCGGGGUUUCCGCCGCCGAUGUUUCUGCACCAGACACUGUUAAAAAGCUGCCCAUUAUUAAUGCUGCUUGUUUCAGGAACUUUGUUUCUAUUCUUGAUAUUUGAUGUUUUUCCUUGUUUUUGGUUGUUGGAUGUAAUCUGUGGGGCUUUGGCAGUGGAAAUAUUGAUUUAUCCUUUGUCUAUCUCUCUUCUUUCUUCAGAACUUUCGAUCGAAUAAAGACAUGUCAUGUUAAAGAAA